CCGGAAACGCAGCCCCAACCGUUUUUCUCCUCCUUCACUUCCUUUUUCCUGCUGCACAGGGCGCCUCAUAUCAUGGCUCAAGCAGUUCAGAGACUCGUUGCAAAAGUUCCUACUUUAGUGGGAGCCGCUGUCACAUACUCCAAACCCCGACUCGCGACCUUCUGGUACUAUGCCCGCGUGGAGCUCGUCCCACCUUCACCUUCUGAGAUCCCAAAAGCCAUAGAGGCUGCUAAGGGCCUUAUCAAGAGCUAUCAGGCUGGGCGCGUGGGGCAGACCACAGUGAAGGAUGCUUUGAGGAACGGACUUGUAGCCACUGAGGUGCUGAUGUGGUUCUACAUUGGAGAGUGUAUCGGCAAAGGAGGCCUUGUUGGAUACGAUGUCUGAAUGUUGAGCUGUUUUUCUCCUUCUGCACUUCAAAAUGUCACAUUCUCAACAAUCUGCACUAAAAUUUCAAAAUAAAUAGAAGUCUGUAGUGUCUCA